AUGAAGACUGCGUACCCUGAAUUGGGAAUGCUGGGGGGUGGGGGGCGGAACUCAUCGAGCAACUUUGAUCGCGCGUCCGCUGCGUACCUAUGGCUUGCCGACACCGAACGUCUCGAAUCAUUGAUUCGAAGAUCUGAUGUCAAACGACCGAACUUGACCAGGGCGUUGGCUCUAUGUGGUGCUGGAGAAGCGCCUGAAGACUUGUACACUGAUCAUAACAAAGUGGAAGGAAAAGAAGACGUCCUGGUACGACAAGAAGAGGAGGACGAGGAGAAUGAGAGGGUUCAGGAAGAAGGAGAUUUCGUAGAGGUUCUACCUUGCGGCACUACGCCUAGACAAACUCGCCGGGCUGGGGAGAAUUGCUCGCCUAGGGAUGUUAAACAUAAGGUGCAAGAAGCAUCGGAGCAAGGGCUGGCACUCCGUCCGCGAACAAAUGUGCAGUAG